AUGAGUAAACGUAAGUCAAAGGAGAACAGUGGCACAAACGGAGAAUGCAUUUCACAGGUGCAAAAAAUUUUACGUGAAAGAUUCUGUCGCCGUUAUGCUACUGGAAAACUGUUCGGGAUUGAACAUCAGCACAGACAUCUGCUGGAAUUGCUGAAACGAACUGCGGUUCAUGGAGAAAGUAAUUCUGCCCUCAUUAUUGGACCCCGAGGAUCAGGAAAGACUGCGUUACUAAAUCAUGUCUUAAAAGAGCUCACGGAAAUGAAACAAGUUAGAGGGAACCUCUUGGAAGUUCAUCUGAAUGGGCUUCUGCAGACUAAUGAUAAAGUGGCCCUGAAGGAGAUCACCAGACAGUUGCACCUCGAAAAUGUGGUUGGGGACAAAGUUUUUGGCAGUUUUGCUGAAAAUCUUGCGUUCCUUCUUGAAGCUUUAAGGAAAGGAGAUCGAACUAGCAGCUGUCCGGUCUUGUUUAUACUGGAUGAAUUUGACUUGUUUGUUCAUCACAAGAAUCAGACACUGCUCUAUAACCUCUUUGAUAUAUCCCAGUCAGCACAGACUCCAGUAACAGUUAUUGGACUUACAUGCAGGCAGAACAGGUUUACAUUUCUAAGGAGAUACAAGCCUGUUGUCCUGUAUUACCGCAGAAGAGCCAUAUUUAUCCAUGUGGCUGGUUUAUAUUAUACUGUUGUUCGCUCUUUGGAGAGGCCCGUGGGCAUUUCAGUUUCUUGGUCAGCAGUUGGUCCUGCUGACUUUCCUGAUGAGUCUUUUGCACAAAAAUGGAAUAAUAAUGUUCAGUGUCUCUCGGAGGAUAAAACUGUGCAAGACGUGCUGCAGAACCUUUUUCACCGCACUAAAGAUCUGCGCUCCCUUCACUUGCUGUUGAUGCUCGCUGUAAGUAACGUUACCGUGCAUCACCCACUUAUCACUGCAUCAGAUCUUCAUGAAGCAAGCAAGCACUAUAGAAUGGACUCGAAAGCAAAUAUUGUUCAUGGUUUGUCUGUCCUGGAAAUCUGCCUAAUUAUAGCUAUGAAACACUUAAAUGAUGUUUAUGAAGGAGAACCAUUUAACUUCCAGAUGGUUUACAACGAAUUCCAGAAGUUCAUACAAAGGAAGGCGCACUGCAUGUACAACUUCGAAAAGCCGGUUGUCAUGAAGGCAUUUGAACACUUACUACAGCUGGAAUUAGUAAAACCGAUAGAAAGACCAUCUGUACGCACUCAGAGAGAGUACCUCUUAAUGAGACUGCUGUUGGACAAUAACCAAAUCAUGGAUGCUUUGCAAGCGUACCCGAACUGCCCGACAGACGUUAAACAGUGGGCAGCGUCGUCGCUCAGUUGGUUGUGA